AUGCUCUCCGGGGACCAUGAAAUCUCCUAUAACCCCUUGUUAUCUAUCCAUGGGCCACCUUUGCGGUCUGUGAUAGACAACUUGACUGUCGCAAAUUGGUCACCAAACAGAGUACCAACCAAUGAAGAACGCAAUAUGAUCCGUCAACUGCUCGACCAAGACGCACAGUUGCUCCCACAUAUGGAGGCGCAUCUCAAGGAACUAUCUAACUCUGCGGAGUUCAAGCAGCAUGCAGCAGCGCUCAGGAUACAGGAGGAUACUUUAGCUAACCAAAUAUCUCAUGAGAGUGAUUCUCGCACUCCUCUCGUGCACAAUCUGCCUCUGACCAUAGAUCACAUUUCGUCCAAGCUUCCAGAGAAUGGCCCUGGACCUGAGGAUGCACGAUCAGCGCUUAUCCCCAAGGAGGGGCAAGUAUCACUUGAUUUAUACUUGGAAGAGAAAAAGAAAAUGAAGGAAUUGACCAUGCUAUACGAGCUUAAGAGAGAUGUACUCAGUACACGGAGAUUGGUUCCAGUCGAAAUAUGGGGAGAGAUAUUCAAACUCAGGAUGCUUGAAGACCACGCACUAUAUAUAUCUCGCAAACGUAUGGGCGCACCUCAGUUUACAGCGCUCAAGCUCUCCGCCGUGUGCAGACACUGGCGCGCUAUAGUCGCUCAAUUCCCCGUUCUGUGGCAGUAUAUCGCCAUUCCUCAUCAUGACAAAAUAAUGGAGUUGCAGCGAGACCGCAUCCUGCAUUACAAAUCUCACCUCGGUGUGCUACUCCCAAAGGUGUACACAUAUCACCAUGAAAUCGUAGUUGGAGUUGGCGUAUUUCCCGUUUACCUCUUGCCAUUCCUACGGGAUACAUUCGGAGUUGACUAUGCGUCUCUUGAGAUUGCCAAUUACACGUUCAGCCUACUCCGUGGCCCAGACUUGACCAGUUUUUUUGAUCAGCUUCGGCCACAGACUACUCAUCUUACAGUCUACGCACGAGAAACAGGGGCUGCUUGGUUCUUCCGACCUGCAACCGCUAGAACUCUAGUCGAAAUUCCCACCUAUAUGCUCGCCAAGCUGCACGAGGUGACAGGAGAGGGUUUGGGCAUCAGAAUCACGGCCUCUCAGCCAGAAAUUAACCUGUCUACGCUCGUCGUAAAGGACGCAAUAUGGCAAGCGGCGGAUAUCCAGGCCUGUUUCCAUGUUGCAAGGCACAUAGAGCGAUUGGAACUUAUGCGCACAGGUAUAGGUCUACAGAAUGCAUUUAGGAGAGUAGAUGCUUCAUCCCUCCGCUUCAUUAUAUGCGGCGCGAACGAAUACCCAAUUCUCCAGAAUCUCCUGGACUCACCCAAUGUCUCAAAUGUCGAGCUCACACUGAGAGGGAGGAUUGAGCCUUACUAUUGGCUACAGAACAGCGGCUUUCCCUUAGUUUCACACACUGUCAAGUCAUUAAGACUGGAAGGGCGGGAGUUUCUCGAAAGGAGCUUCACCAUAGAGAUCAAGAUUAUGGAAGCUAUACUACCUAACUUCCCAGACAUUACCACUCUUACACUCGAUCACAACAUGGAUGCGUGCUUGGAAGUCAUCGGGACCGUUUUGAAUCCUGUCACACAGCUACAAAAUCUACGCAUAGUCCCUGGUAGUAUCCGAGAGUCACGCUUGUCAUCCUUCCUUGCAAGGUAUCAUCUACUCCACAGGCGUCAUGUCGAAGUGGACUUCACUGAGCGGGACGCUCAGUCCCCUUCUUAUGACUCGCGUGAUGAGUCUAGCGAACUCAAAUUCUCUUGGGCAUGA